AGAAGGGCUCCAGCCGCGGUGGCAGAAGGCAGCAGCCUAGCUCUCGCGCCCGCUCUCUCCCUCUCCCCAGGGUGUAGCCAGACCUUGUGGGGCCCAAAAGGAGGCCCUCCAAUCCAGCCGAAGGGGCAGCAUGCAUCUGGAGGAUGGCUGAGGCUGGCCACCACAGCAGCACCACAAUCACUGCCCAGGGUGGCUCCUCUGGGCAAGGAAUGCCUGCAGUGUGGGGAGCACUGCUUUGCUUUUUCCUGGUGGCAACUGUCAGCAGCCUCCCCUCAGCCCGACCAUCUGCUUCGGACCCUGAAAACAGGUUUACCAGAGAGCCAUCAGCUUAUUUAAGGAGCAAAACUGACUUCCUUGAAGAAUUGGUGGUUGGAAGUGGCGACACCCUUGAACUCCUGUGUAAUGCUCCAAGCUCAUCUGUGUCUAUCUUCUGGUAUAAAGAUGGGAUCGGGAUUUCACCUACAAAUCGAACUCAUAUUGACCAAAAAUUGUUGAGGAUUAUCAAUGUGUCCUAUGAUGAUUCUGGCCUGUACAGUUGUAAGCCAAGGCACUCUAUUGAAAUGCUCAGGAACUUCACAGUACAGGUGACAGAAUCUCCAUCAUCAGGUGAUGACGAAGAUGAGGAUGAAGAUGAUGAGGAAUCUGAAGAUGGAAUUGCCCCGUACUGGACCCGCCGUGAAAAAAUGGAAAGGAAAUUACUAGCUGUACCUGCUGCAAAUACCAUUCGGUUUCGUUGCCCAGCUGCCGGUAAUCCAGCACCUUCAAUAUAUUGGCUGAAAAAUGGCAAGGAAUUCAGAGGAGAACACCGUAUUGGGGGCAUCAAACUCCGGCAUCAACAGUGGAGUCUCGUCAUGGAGAGUGUAGUCCCAUCAGAUCGCGGCAACUACACCUGUGUAGUGCGCAAUAAAUAUGGCGUCAUUUGGCAUACUUACCAGCUCGAUGUUCUUGAAAGGUCACCUCACCGCCCUAUUCUUCAAGCAGGAUUGCCUGCUAACCAGACAGUAGUGAUAGGAAGUGAUGUUGAAUUCCAUUGCAAAGUGUACAGUGAUGCCCAGCCUCACAUCCAGUGGUUGAAACAUGUGGAAGUCAAUGGAAGCAAAUAUGGACCGGAUGGAACUCCUUACGUCACUGUACUAAAGACAGCAGGUGUUAACAAAACGGAUAAAGAGCUAGAAAUUCUGUACUUGCACAAUGUUUCUUUUGAGGACGCUGGUGAAUACACUUGUCUUGCUGGGAAUUCUAUUGGGUUUUCACACCACUCUGCUUGGCUUACGGUGUUACCAGCAGAAAAACAGCUUUCAACGGAUGACUCCAGCUCUCUUUAUGCAAGCAUCCUCAGCUACGGAGCUGGUGUUGUUCUCUUCAUAUUGGUGGCAGUGGUGAUAAUUAUUUAUAAAAUUAAAAGACCAGCCAAAAUGCCUGUAAAUGCCACCACUAUCCAGAAAGUCUCCAAGUUCCCACUCAAGAGACAGGUAUCUUUGGAAUCCAACUCUUCAAUGAAUUCCAACACUCCACUGGUCAGGAUCACCCGCCUUUCAUCCAGUGAAGGACCAAUGCUGGCAAAUGUCUCAGAGCUUGAGCUGCCUUCUGAUCCCAAGUGGGAAUUGGCAAGAUCUUGCCUGACCUUAGGAAAGCCUUUGGGUGAAGGCUGUUUUGGUCAAGUAGUGAUGGCAGAAGCAAUGGGCAUCAACAAAGAGAAACCAAAUAAGCCUAUCACUGUAGCUGUCAAGAUGUUGAAAGAUGAUGCAACUGACAAAGAUCUUUCUGACUUAAUCUCAGAAAUGGAAAUGAUGAAAAUGAUUGGGAAGCACAAAAAUAUUAUUAAUCUGUUGGGAGCCUGCACACAGGAUGGCCCUCUCUAUGUUCUGGUGGAAUAUGCAUCAAAAGGAAAUUUGCGAGAAUACCUUAGAGCCCGUCGCCAACCUGGCAUGGAUUACUCUUUUGAUACCUGCAAGCUACCUGAGGAGCAAUUAACAUUUAAAGACUUGGUCUCGUGUGCCUACCAGGUGGCACGUGGAAUGGAAUACCUGGCAUCUCAAAAAUGCAUUCAUAGGGACUUGGCAGCUAGAAAUGUAUUGGUCACUGAAGACAGUGUGAUGAAGAUAGCUGAUUUUGGACUUGCUAGAGAUGUUCACAACAUAGAUUAUUACAAGAAAACAACUAACGGUCGGCUGCCUGUGAAAUGGAUGGCUCCAGAAGCACUAUUUGACCGGGUCUACACUCACCAGAGUGAUGUUUGGUCCUUUGGAGUGCUGCUAUGGGAGAUCUUCACUUUGGGAGGUUCGCCAUACCCAGGAAUUCCUGUUGAGGAGCUCUUCAAACUCCUAAAGGAAGGUCAUCGAAUGGAUAAGCCAGCAAACUGUACCCAUGAUUUGUACAUGAUUAUGAGGGAGUGCUGGCAUGCAGUGCCUUCACAACGGCCAACGUUUAAACAACUAGUUGAAGAUCUGGAUCGAGUUCUGACAGUAACCUCAACUGACGAGUAUCUUGACCUGUCGGCGCCUUUUGAGCAGUAUUCUCCCGCAGGCCAGGAUACACACAGUGCCUGCUCUUCAGGAGAUGACUCUGUAUUUGCACAUGAUCUUCUCUCCGAUGAGCCCUGUCUUCCAAAACAACAAGCAAACGGCAUCAUCAUCAGGACAUGAUGGCAGACCCUCAAAUAAACAGUCUCUUGAAUGUAUGUUUUGGGCAGGUCAGGAACAAAACCCAGAGGGAGAUUCUGUUAUUCUCUCUAGGACACAGAAGACUUAUAUACUUGUGAAACUGUAUCUUAGAGCCCGUUCCCAAGGUGUUCAAUUAUAAAAGAACCAAAUGGUUCCGAAGCACUGUUUGGUCAAAAAGAGCCCAUCUUUUUUUGCAGGGAAGUAGCAUCCUGACAGUUAGCGUUACACCUAGAUCUGGAGUGGGCUCCAUGCCAGCACCUGUGUAUUUCUCUGGGUGUCAGAGCUCCUUUCUCACUGCCAGCACAAACACACACUACAUCGGGGUUAUACACCGCCUACACACCUGCAUAUGUUAUGUUUGAAAAGGAGCUUUUGAAGCCAUAAAUAGCCCUCUGGUCAUUUGUGGUUUCAGCGAGGGCCUGGGGAUGGAGCCUGCAAUAAGUCACAUUGCUGGCAAAUACAUCUCCAGAACCAUCAACAUUACCCAUCCCUAAACCCUGGAGCAGGGGUGUCAAAGUCAUUUUUAUUGAGUGUCACAUCAGCCCAAUGGUUGCCUUCUAAUGGCUGCUUGUAAUUGUCAGGCUGUAUAAAUGAAGCUAUAUUGCUCUCAAAGCUUUGUGGGCCACAUAAAAGGACGUGGCAGUCAAAAUUUGACCCACGAGCCUUGCAUUUGGCACCUGUACCCUAGGGUCUGAACUUCCACCUUGAACGCUACAGUCACCAUUAUGUGCCUUUAAUUACAGGAAUGAGAAAAAAAAUGCUAUGUGUCCUUAAUGCUAUGUAUGUAAACAAUGUAGCUCUUUUUACACCACAGUGAAUACACGGAUCUUUUUCGUGGAGCUUGAAAGCUACGUUGCCUGCAGGGAUUCAUACUUAUGUAAAUACCAAGGCUGGAACUCAUUAAGUCAGUUUAAAAUGGGUAACACAUCGAUGACUGGGUUGUAUUCAUAACCCCUAUAUAUGCAACUGAUUUAGGGGAUAUGUAGGAACCAAGGAAGUUGCCCAGUCCACACUUAUAGGACAGUGGCUUCUGCAAACAACAGCAGUCUGUUCCACUGUUCAUCAAGAAGCAGCCAACGAAUGUAGACCUCACCCUCUCCUGCAGGCAAUCUCCAGUGCGAGAGGGAAUUUCAACAGGGGCCGUGGUCCCUGCUUAUAUAUGGAAUCAGAUGGGAGUGUCAGUCAGUUGCUUUCCGACCAAUAUGCAGAAAGAUCCUAGUCAAACACAAGGGGAGGGAUGUUCAGGCUGAUAUAACUACACUGGUGAGGGAGUUCCAGCCCUAAUUAUUAACCAAUUUGCCAUCUAUUUAGGAGGAAUUUUAAAGCCAUUUGUGGAGUUGAUAAUUCUUGAAAUGCAUCAGGCCUCUUUCGAGGUUGCUUUGGUUUUGCCUCUUGCACUAGCAUCAGGAACAGAAUAAGUGAAUGUAUGCAGACAGGAGAGAACACUAAAGACUUGGAGAUGUUGCAAGCUGUAGUCAAUGGAACGUUGUUUUGUGUAUGAGCGUCUUGUGGUUACUUUGCCCUAAAUUAUUCCAGGGAAUUGUUUUUAAAAAUCAUGAACAGUGUUGGAUACGAAUCUUGCUAUUUGCUAUAUUUAUUUACUUACAUUCUGAUGUGCAGAAAUAGUGUAGAUGGGAGCCUCAAAGUUCUCACAUUUCUGCCACCUUUCCCCAGAAAUCUCCUAGCAAUUUCCAUCCCCCACGAAUACUUGGAGAAAAUAAUUACGGGUACCUGUAGGCAAGCGCCUUUUAACUUAUCAAAAAGUUCUGUUUCCUAGAAUUGUGUGUGUGUAUGUGUGUGCACGUAUGUAUGUGUAUCAAAACUAUAAAUAUAUAUUUGUGUAUAUGAGAAAGUAAUAUUUCAGAUGAGAUUGGUUGAAAGAGAACUUCUCCAAGGUUAAAAAAAAACCCCUUCCAAUCUAGGAUAUACUGAUUUAGAGAAAGAGACUUGCUUUGUUUUUCCUACAUUUUUAUUUUUAGAAAAUUAUAUCUUAACAUCCUGUAUAUUUGUAAAAUUAUUUAUAGCUAUUAACAGUGGUUCUUUUCAUUGGUUUAAAUAUGUUAGUAUUAAUGUAUGCAUUUACUUUUUUUUGCCAGAUUUAAAGUCUUAACUUAUUGCAAAUGCAGGAAGAUAAAUUCAGUUUUUUUCUCCUGCAUUUAUGGGAAAUAUUAAAAGAAUGUAUAGCUGUACAGUCAUUUAACAGAUUACUUUUAAGACUUUUAAUGUAUUUUCUUAAAGUUUUCCUGGGUUGACUAUAAAUACACACAUUCUGCAACACAUUAGAAUUAAAUCUAAACAGAUGUUGACAAAGAUUAUUUUUACUUUUGUGUAAAAGCCAAGAAAAUUUCAUCACAUUUACCACUGUGCAUUAAGGAGGUAAUGCGUGCAUUUUCCCUCUUUUUUUGAAUGAAAGUAUUCUUGUGGUUCAUUUAAUAACAAAUUUGCAGCAAAGUUGAAUGUUGAUUGCAAGAACAUGUGCACUUGGGUAUGUGUGCAUGCCAUGUAUUUUCUCUUGUCAGAUCCAUUUGCAUUUUUAAAUGGGGACAAAAUAAAAAAGCAAUAUUUAAAUUAUAUGUGGAGAAGAUCUUGAUGGUUUUUUUAGCCUUUAAACCUAACCUUUUGUUUGGGAAAAUGCCAAGUUUUGUAGACGUGAGUUCUGUAUGCGCUGAAUAACUCUGUCAAAGCAUUUUAGCUAAGCAGAAACACAUAGAAUGGAGUGAAAUUAUGAAAGUUGUAUUUGUAAGAAACUUUUAACCUUACUACCACCAAGAAAUGCCUUUAUAAGUAAUCCUUUGGUCUUCUCUGUAUAGAUCUGUUGCUUUACCAUAGUAACAGGAUAGGAUGGCCGCCAUUCCUGUUAAGUAUUCAUUUUUAAAAUAAUACAUUGGACUUACCAAAAUAGAAAAUUUAUAGAUUUUAAGUUUCAAAGAGUUUUUUUAAAAAAAAAAUAGAUUUAUAUAGAUGAUUGUGUUUUUGAAAUCAAGAAUUAUGAUAUUUUCUUACGAUGUAUGCUACUUUUGUACAUUCCAUGAAUCGGAAGAAUUGCUAUUCCAAUCCACAACAGUGAACAAAUGUGUGCCUGACUUCAAUAGUUAUUAUAAAUAAAUAUAUAUGUAUAAAAUUUAUUGAGUUUUUACAAAGCUGCGUUGGUUGUAAACUUGUUCAUUCUUUAACAUUAUUUUCAGUUUUUGUACAGUUACAUAGCCAGGACACAUGUCUUAAAACUUUUUUCCCUGCUGAUGUUGCAAGCUCCUCAUUUUGGAUAUCUUAAUAUUUUGAUAAACACCGUUUUAGUUCCAUAUUGUCUGUAUUUUGCUUAUUUUGCAGUCAUUGAAAGAUGUGAAACAGUCUAUUCUUGUUUUCAUUUAUCUGGCCUAAAAAUAAAAAAGAACAUUGAAUGUAA